UCCCCAGCGCGCUGCCGGCCACCGGCCGAUCCCGCCCACCUCGCCGCUCCUCGCGCCGCGAGCCGGUGGCCGGCGACGGCGAGCGAGCCCUCCGGCCGAUGACCACCCCCUCCGGCUCGGGCCCUCGCCGCUCCGCGCGGGCGCGUGCCCGCCGCCAGCCGCCGGACGACGAGGCGCCGCCCGCCCCGGCCCCGCCCCCCGUCGCCCCUCCGCCCGACGCCGGCGGCCCCUCCUCCUCCCCUCCUUCGAGGAGAAAGCGCGGGGCUUCUCCCUCCCGCCGGUCCGUUCGCGCCAGAGACAAGGAAGACUCGGAGCCACCGGUGGCGGUCUUGGAUGACCAUGAAUUGAAGCAUCAAACAGAGGCAGAAGAGCCGAAGAAACAGGGGAAGGAGAUUGUGGAGGCAGAGGGACCAGAGGAGGUUGAAUUUGAUGAAAAUGCAGAGGCCUUGAAGGAGGCGCCGUUCUGGCUCCCCGAUGGUUGGAUCAUAAAUGUUCGCCAUGGUGAUGGCGGCUCGACCUACCGGUAUUACACUUCGCCAGUGUCAGAGUACACAUUCUCGACGGAGAUGGAGGCACUAGAAUAUUUGUUCUCAGAGAUGGACGAGCGCAUAUUGGAGUCGGAGGCAUGCGCUGAGGACAACGAGUUUCAUAAAAUGCAUUCAUGGCUUCCGGACGGUUGGGUGGUUGAGGUCAGAGCUGGGACGAUGCGGGACAAAAUGUACAAGUUCUACGUUCAUCUGCCUACUGGAAUGCGAUUCUUCUCAAAAGAAGAUGUAUUGCGCUAUGUGAAUGAAGGGAAGAUUUCUGAAUGUGAUGUGAAGGGGCUGUGUGACACCAUCUCUGAAGAUAAUCUUUGGACCUAUUUGCAGAUACUUGCACAGGUGGAAUUCAAUCCAGAUGGGCUACCGAAAGGAUGGGUGAAAGAAUUGGUAUUUAGAAAGUGCAACGAUGGAAUUAGAAAAGACCCGUACUAUACUGAUCCUGUCAGUCAUCUUCUAUUCCGAACACUGAAAUCUGUAAUAAGCUACCUUCAGACUGGAGUAAUAAGUAGACAUGCCUAUCUUCCAAGAAGAAGUGUUACAGACAUUUACUCUUUCGAUGGAUGUGCAGAUCUGCCUCGAAAAAUGCUGAAACGAUUGAAAGUACCAGGGAAGAAAAAACAAAAAUCCGUGCAAUCGUUGGUCUUUGAAAAGAAAUUACCUGAUGACCAGACGUCGAAUCUCUCUCAUGGUGGCACCUCUGCUAGCAUGAAUCCUCGGUCUGACCCAAAAGAAAAGAGGGUCAAUACCGUACAAGCUAAAGGCAAAGAACCAAUUAGUUCAGAGGCUACCGAGCAAGGCAAAGAACCAAUUAGUUCAGAGACUACCAAGCAAGGCAAAGAACCAAUUAGUUCAGAGACUACCAAACAAGGCAAAGAACCAAUUACUACCAAGCAAGGCAAAGAACCAAUUAGUUCAGGGACUACCAAGCAAGGCAAAGAACCAAUUAGUUCUGAAACUACCAAGCGUCCAAGGGGCAGGCCACGGAAAAUACCAAAGCAGACGAAUGAAACAACUUUAGAUUGCGCAAAGACUUCAGACAAGGAAACUACACAUAUCGAAAUUGCUUCAAACAAGGAGCCGAAAAAGGAAUCGGAUACUGAAACUGGAGAGAAAAUGUCAAAGGAAAACGCCUCUGAGGAUAAUGAGAUGGAGAAGCAUGCUAUGGCAACCCAAGAAGUGGAUAACGAGAGCGACCUUGCAAGGACCCUUUAUUCACUGAGGGGAAGCAUGGAUCCGGAAAUGCGCGAGCGAGAAAAUGGCGAUCCGGCUGAAGCUAGUGCAAAGUCAGCAUCCUCCGCGGUCAAGAAAUUUUACAUGAGAAGAAAUAGCAACCAGAGCUUCAAAAAAUAAUGUAAAGCAGAUGCCGAUCACCUGUUACUUGAUCAUUCAGAGGUAGUACUACUGAGUUGUAGAUGAACCAGGUAAUAAAAAGGUGCAAGAGAUGCACGCCAGUUUGUGUGUUCCUGAAUAAUGAACAUUGGUUUAUGUGACUUAACAUUUGUGUUAAAGUUAUGUGGUGUGUACCUAGCAAAAGGUAGAAGAUCAUUGUAUUGAUGCAAACACAUGAUGCCUGGUGUAAACAAUGAAUAUCAUCAACGUCAAGGAGACUUGGCUGAAAUUAAGCUGUUUCCGAUGGAGCGCUCAGAAA